AGGCCACCAAGGGAGUACCCUCAAAACAGCUGUGGCUCCAGCCACUGCCCAGAAUGGUUCAGGAGGCUAGUCAGCUGCCUCAAAUCCAGAACCAACAGAGACUAGGUCCCCAUUGCAUCUGGAACAGUUUCCUGCCUGGUCUCAGGGGGGCCUCUGGACUACAGAAUGGGCCCAGGGGCAAGAGAUAUCAGGGUGGGACCUACUGGGUGGGAGGGUGAAGAAUCCCUUGAGUGAAGACUGGGGACCCACACCUGCCUCUACGCAUCUCCUCCAGCAGCCAGCCAGAAGCCCAAGGAAGUGGGGAGGGGGUGGCUCUGGUCCUGCCAGCUUCUACCCUGACCCUUUUGGGAAGUCUCUUAGAGAGCACGGUGCAGACCACUGGCUCUAAGGUCCCCUAACUGCAGGGUCCCUGGGGAGAGAGGAGAGGUUGUUACAGUUUACUUUGCUGCUCAGAGGUCCCUUCCUUCAGUGCCUGUGGAGCUCAUCCAGUGUGAAAGAAGGAAGUGCCACUGUUCCCAUCCAAGCCCCAGGCAAGGGCAGGCACUCCCUGGCUCCUGCGUACCUCAGACACCUCCAGCAGCUCCUACCAUGGACAGGUGGUACCUGGGUGGCAGUGCCAAGGGGACAGAGAAUCCCUUCGAGUACGACUAUGAAACCGUCCGCAAAGGAGGCCUGAUCUUCGCGGGCCUGGCCUUCGUCGUGGGCCUCCUCAUCAUUCUCAGCAAAAGGUUCCGCUGUGGGGGCGGUAAGAAACAUAGGCAGGUCAAUGAAGAUGAACUGUGACAGAAGAGCCGGCAGUGCCCACGGGUGCAUGGGCACCAGCGAUGACCACCUUCCCCAGCUGCGCACCACAGACCCCAGCACAGUCAGCAUGGGCUGAAGGAAGUGCCAGGCAUCCUGGGAACCCCUUCAUGGUCAUCCCCUCCUGCCUCAGAUCCUUAACUUCCUCUCUUCCCCAGCUUCUCUAACACCCCACUCCCUGUUCCAAGUUGAGGAGCAUGUGUAGCCUCAUCCCCCUGGUUUUCAAUGAAUCCUUGUAUAAGCAACUGCCAAUGAAAUCGGGCUCGCUGUGGUCA